AUGGGGCUCAGAUUACAUAUGCUCUCUGUACACAUUUCUUCUUCUAUUACAACAACUGGAACAUUGAAAUCUAGAGAUUGCAAUGCCUUGUGUACAAGCAUUUAUCCUUGUGGUUCUACCAAAUCAAAAGAACCUGCUAGAAGAGUGCUCAAGGUAUCUUCCGCGGUUCUAGAAACAGCAGCAUCUAUUGCAGUUGCUGCUACUGUUGUUGGGGCUGCAGCAAGUAUUCUUGCAAGGAGAAAUAAAGCUUCUGAAACAAUCGAGGUGUGUUGA